AGAAAAACGCACACCGGCUAAGCUUAGUUUAGUUCUUACUGAAAACAGCGAAGACAACGAGGAAAUCCCAAAAUUGAAACACUGAAAGCUAAGCGAGUUCUGUUGAGUCUACAACACAUUGGUUCUCAUUUACACGUAACCAGUAUCUCUUAUUGACGUUAUUCAACAAAGAUCUCUAUUUUGUUGUGACAGCACCUGAAGCAUGGAGAGGUUUACUCCAUUUCUUAUGUUGUUGCUGGUGUCCAGCACUUGCGUAUUUGCUAAAGAUGAUGAUGACGGUGAAAAGAAAAAGUCUGAUGUUGGCACUGUGAUAGGCAUUGAUCUUGGCACAACCUAUUCUUGUGUUGGUGUGUUUAAGAAUGGUCGUGUUGAUAUUAUUGCUAAUGAUCAAGGAAACCGUAUUACCCCAUCUUAUGUGGCCUUCACUCCUGAUGGUGAACGUUUGAUUGGUGAUGCUGCCAAGAAUCAGUUAACAUCAAACCCUGAAAACACUGUAUUUGAUGUCAAGCGCUUCAUUGGGCGCAGUUGGGAUGACAAAUCUGUUCAACAUGAUAUCAAGUUUUACCCUUUCAAAGUGGUGAAUAAAAAUAACAAGCCUUAUGUGGUCGUUGAUACUUCUGAUGGAGAAAAGACUUUUGCCCCUGAAGAGAUCUCAGCUAUGGUUCUUGGUAAAAUGAGAGACAUUGCUGAAGAGUACUUGGGAAAGAAAAUUACAAAUGCUGUAGUCACUGUGCCUGCAUAUUUUAAUGAUGCUCAGAGACAGGCCACCAAAGAUGCUGGUGUCAUUGCUGGAUUGAAUGUCAUGAGAAUCAUAAACGAACCAACUGCUGCUGCCAUUGCUUAUGGUCUUGAUAAGAAAGAUGGGGAGAAAAACAUUCUUGUCUUUGAUCUCGGUGGUGGAACUUUUGAUGUCUCACUUUUAACUAUUGACAAUGGAGUUUUUGAAGUAGUUUCAACUAAUGGAGACACACAUUUGGGUGGUGAAGAUUUUGACCAACGUGUAAUGGAUCACUUUAUCAAGCUGUACAAGAAGAAGAAGGGUAAAGACAUCAGAAAGGAUAACCGUGCUGUUCAGAAGCUGCGUCGUGAAGUUGAAAAAGCUAAACGUGCUCUCUCAUCUGCUCAUCAAGUCAGACUUGAAAUUGAAUCUUUCUUUGAGGGUGAAGAUUUCUCUGAAUCUUUGACCAGAGCUAAAUUUGAGGAACUUAAUAUGGAUCUGUUCCGAUCAACAAUGAAACCAGUGAAACAAGUUUUAGAAGAUGCUGACCUUAAAACAGAUGAUAUUGAUGAAAUAGUAUUGGUUGGUGGUUCUACUCGUAUCCCUAAAGUGCAACAACUUGUCAAAGAAUUUUUCAAUGGAAAGGAACCAAGUCGUGGUAUCAAUCCUGAUGAAGCUGUUGCCUAUGGUGCUGCAGUCCAGGCUGGUGUAUUGAGUGGUGAGGAAGACACUGGUGAUUUGGUGCUGUUGGAUGUGAACCCAUUGACCAUGGGUAUUGAAACUGUUGGUGGUGUCAUGACCAAAUUGAUCCCUAGAAAUACAGUCAUCCCAACCAAGAAAUCUCAAAUCUUCUCUACUGCUGCAGAUAACCAACCAACUGUAACUAUUCAGGUCUAUGAAGGUGAACGUUCUAUGACCAAGGACAACCAUUUAUUGGGCAAAUUUGAUCUAACUGGCAUUCCUCCAGCUCCAAGAGGUGUUCCCCAGAUUGAGGUGACUUUUGAAAUUGAUGUGAAUGGUAUUUUGAAAGUGACAGCUGAGGACAAAGGCACCGGGAGCAAGAACCAGAUUGUGAUUCAGAAUGAUCAGAACAGAUUGUCACCUGAAGACAUUGAACGCAUGAUCAAUGAUGCAGAGAAAUAUGCUGAUGAAGAUAAAAAACUGAAAGAAAAAGUGGAUGCCAAAAAUGAAAUUGAAAGCUAUGCUUACUCACUCAAAAAUCAAAUAAAUGAUAAAGAAAAAUUAGGUGCUAAACUAAGUGAAAGUGAUAAGGAAAAGAUUACAGAAGCAGUAGAGGAUGCUAUUAAAUGGUUGGAGAGCCAUCCUGAUGCAGAUGUUGAUGAGUACAAAGAAAAGAAGACAGAAUUAGAAGGCAUUGUUCAACCAAUUAUGACCAAAUUGUAUGAACAGUCUGGUGGCUCACCGCCCCCAUCAGGAGAGGAACCAGAAGAAAAGGAUGAGUUGUGAGAACAUUCAACUUUAGGUUUAUAAACUGCUAUUUAAAUUGGAAAGAAUUUUGUCUUGAAAAACAAAACACAAAAUCUCAGAUUGUGUAGGAGUUGAAAAGUAGAGGCUGGCAUUGGUUUUGACAGAUUUUGCAAGUCUUAAAACAUUUGAAAUGCUAGUUGAUUUCCUUGAAGUAUUUUCUUCAGGUCUAUAAUUGAGGAUGGAUGUGAUUAUAGGAUGACUAAUCUUUUCUUAAUGAAAGUGUAUUUUGACAAAUUUUUUUUUUAUUGCUACAAACAUGUUUUGCAAAUUGAAAUGUGUAUAUAUUAUAUACAUGACUUUUUGUGUGUGCUAACUUAGUCACAGAGAUGUGAUUGUGUGGGAUCAAAUGUGAUAUUUAUUUUGAAAGGAAUUACAUUGCUAUGUAGUAGAUGUGUGUGUGUGUGUAAUGUAGUACUGGUGUCUGUGUGCUAAGGGUAGCAGUAAAUUGUAAUGCUAAUGGUGGAUAUGUUCUGACCACUUGUUUUGCUACUGAGUGUUUGAAUGUGUGAUUAGUGUGAAAGUAAACUCAUUAUGUACAUUAUCAAAACAUUUAUAUUGAGCUUUGUCAUUCCUGACAUGUUUAGAAUCCAAGUUGUUAACUAUUACUAUUUGAAUAAAUGUUGAUUUCAAUUUGUUGU